CAACUAUGAUGCCCACUAAAAUUCAAUUCCCACCAUACCAAGGCCAGUCUGUCAGAGUCUCCGUGAUCAAUGCUGCAAAAUCAUCCAUGCGAGCUGCAUUGCUCGUAGCGCCCGCUCCAUCCGAUCACGACCAUCUCGACUUAGCCGGAUACAGUUUCUUGGUAGAAUCUCAAAAUCGCGACCAAAAGGUUAUUUUCGACCUGGGUUUCAUGGAAGAUGUUGCAACCAAAGCGCCGCCUGUAUUGAAGCCAUUUUUAGGCAACAAUGAGCUUAUCAACAUCAAAGAAAGUCAACAAGUAGAUGCCGUCCUCACCAAUCACGAUAUUGAUCUUACGAGUAUCAAUUCAAUUGUAUGGUCCCACGCACACGUCGAUCAUACAGGCGAUCCGUCCACGUUCCCACCGACCACGGAGCUCGUCGUCGGACCCGGCUUCAAGAAGGCCUACACGCCCGGGUUUCCCACAAACCCGCAAUCUUCAGUUCUGGACAAUGCAUUUCAAGGGCGCCAUGUACGCGAAAUUGACUUUACCGAAAGCAUAUUCAUUGGUGGUUUCCGAGCUAUCGAUUUCUUCUCGGAUGGCUCAUUCUGGCUCUUGGAAACCCCGGGACACACCAAGCAUCAUCUCAGCGCACUUUGCCGAACAACUGAGGACUCUUAUGUGUUAAUGGGCGGCGACGUGUGUCAUAAUAUUGCGCAGCUACGACCUAGCCUGCUCAGACCGUUGCCAGAGAGCGUCUCGGCGAGCAUGAUGGGUAAUACACCGGCAUCUGAGAAUCGGGAUUGGGCUGGUCUAGGGAAAAUCCAGCAAGAUGGGAGCCACGCAUUUUACGGGCUUGUGCCUGCUAUGCAGGAGGAUUUGUGUAAAGCGCAGGAGACGAUCGAAAAGCUGAAGGCCUUUGAUAGUAGGGAUGACGUGCUGGUUGUUAUCGCACAUGAUGUAACUUUGCUGGAUGUGAUGGAAUUUUUCCCGAAAGAUAUGAACAAUUGGAAGGAAAAAGGUUGGGCGGAUCGAGGAAGGUGGCGAUUUCUGAAAGAUUUUGUCCAGGUCGCAUGA